UGCCGUGCCUUCAGUCGAACGAUCGACGCUCGCUAGUACGGUUGCUGCUACAUUUCGUUCUUGCCGUUGAAGUAGGAAGGACCAAGUUCGGCGCUUAUUAUUCGUGUGACUUUGAACUACAGCGUGUGUCGUCUACAAGUGCUCCCAAAAAUUAAUCGUGAUCCAAGAAGGUGAUAGAGCUGCAGUCGAUCAAACAGUUAUUUUGGUGGGCCAAUCAUGUCAUUGAUCCUCGUAUUUUUGUGAAGGCAAAAGAAAGGGAAAAUCCAUCGCGAGUGUCUCAGCAUCUGCAAGAAGCUAUUUUCAAACGGAGGCGUUUCGUUCUGACGUCAUGAACCGACAUCACCAUCCACCAUAUCCGUCGGUUGCAUCAUUCCAAACAGCCGGAUUGUUGACGUCUAUCUGCUUCCUGUUUAUCCUACCGCAGUUUUUCAUGACCACAGUGAACGCUAUCGAUUGCUUCAAAUGCGUCUCGGUCAAUGGCGCAAAUCCAGCCUGCGAAGAUCCUUUCCACAAUAACUUCACUAGCGAUCUACUGGAAUCGCCUUGUUUGGGCGGACGUAAAGGACGCAAUGGCCUCUUUCCGGCCACGGCAUGUCUAAAGCUCGCCGGUCGUUACGACGAUACGGGCGAAACGAUUGUAGUUAGAGGAUGCGCUCUGGACAGUGGCACGACGACGAUCGAUACAGAAAUCAUACGCAUGUCUCACUGCGGAGGACUGUACUUUGAUGACAGAAAGAGAUCCAUCGCAUGCAUCACCAUCAAUCAGACACAGCAGUUCAGAUUGCCUUCCAUCGCUUGACACUCUAUCGAAUUUCCUAUUUUGCAUUUGUUGCAAGCGUUUUCGAUUAUGUUCAGAAGCACGUUGUACGGAAUGCUCUGUUAAUCACGUGUAUCAUUUUGAACGCAAGAUGAUCUUAAUGCUUUAUUGGGAAAGAACUGCUGUUGUAUUCUGCCUGCGUCGUUCACUCUUUUUCUGUUUACCCAAAACUGUAUAUACAAGUGUUUGAGACUGUUGUCGAGCAUCCAAUAUACAAACUCAUAGACUAUGUAUAUACAGUUACAUGGCCCAUCAACUUGUUUAUGUGACAAAGAACAAAGACGGUACGCCCUAGUGCGCCCAAUAGAAAACCAAGUUUUUACUAUCCUCCUAUAUAUACGUUGUCGGUUUGUUGUUUCAACUCAAAACAAUCAACUGCGCAUUUUGUUUUUCGUCGGAUGAAAACGUUGAAGAUCGUGCCCUUGGUGCUGGUACUCAAGCACUAAAUAUUGUGGGUCCCCCCCCCCCCAAAAAAAAAAGAAACAGUGUCAGCAGUGAGAUAUCCGAACGGUUAAGCCAUUGAAAUUCAAACGCGCAGUGCAAAUGCUCGCUGAAGCGAUUGAUUGAGCCUGCCUUCACUCUGUCCGACAAAGGAGAUUGCCAGCAUGAGGCAACUGCAUGGCUUGAUGGAUUACAGCGGCAUCAUCACUCUCACUCACGCCCCCUCUAUAAAUAUAUGUACCGCUCACGCACAGCACUCUUCGCACAGAAGCCAGUCAUUCUAUACACAUUGCAAUCUUUUUUUUUUAUUUAUUUUUUGUUUUGUAUUCAAUAUGUAGCUCUCAUACUCUUCAUUUUCAACUUUUUUUUUUUUUUUUCGCCACUCUUUCACAAUAUUUUAUAUUUUUUCUGUCUACGUGCCUUUUGUGUUAUGAAAAUGUUCACAUACGGCCGACGGAUGGAGGGCUCUCAAAGCGAGUGAACCGGGAGAGCCCGCUUCAUGUCUCCGUCUAUUUUUCACGUUUGCUC